UGCACUUCAAAGUUCAGUCUUUAUUUUCGUUUCUUUUUUUUUUUUCGGACUCUCUCUUUCUUGUGCGCUGAAUUUGAUAAACCAACUUUUCUAUCAACGGUUUCAAUCCGAGAAAGCAGGAAAGAAUCGAACCUCAGAUCACUCGCUACUAUGGAUUACACUACACCUUCGCCUAUACCCUACAGAGAGGAGAAUUUAAUGACAUAUCGCAUGUCCGCUGAAGGUAUUGAAUGGGAGGUUCUUCAGGACUGCAUCAAUUCAUUCCUAGGCCCUGAGGCAUCCGCCAGUCUGGAGCGGACUCAGGACGGCGAGGACGUAUACUGGGUGACCGCCACGAGGCCAUUCCUGCCCAGCCAAAUCAACGACCUGAAAGCCUUUUCAGCGGAAUUUCUCGAAGACCGAGAUGCAGCAGCGUCAAAACACCGACGACCAAGUCACCAUCCAAGGAAUCGGGGCAUGAGGAGACAGAAGCAGGCUACCAGCCCAAUUCACGUCCAACUGGUCCUUCCAUCGCUGCAUCAGAAUGCAUACUUGAUGAUUCCUCCUCCUUCCUCUUCUCCUGCCUCUUCGAAUCAUUGCCGAAACUGUCAGAAUCGUCCACCUCACUCCCCUCAUCACGAUCAUCAUCCUCACUCUUCAGCAGCAUCAAGUCAAGCAGGAACGCUCGCCUAAUUAAUCCACCUACAUCCUCCCCCCUUUUUCCGGUUCCGCGGAAAAAAGGAAGCCUGUACAGGUUUUUUUGUCCAAUUUCCCCAUCUCAACCACUUUGUCCUCCCGUUCGGUUUGUUUGCGUAGCGUAGGGAUCAGUUGUUUGGAUUUUCUUUUUUCCUCCCAUUUUUCUUCCCUUUUUUUUGUUUUUGUUGGAGGGGGGGAACCAAACACAAAUCUCUUUAAAUUAUUUACAAUACCAUCAUACUUUGCUUUUUUUUUUCCCUUCUUCUCUCAUCUUACAAGUAGAUACAAUAGUUUCAUCUCGCUUUAGCGCUGCCGCAAAUUUGUUUACCUGAUUCAAUUUGACUUUGGUUUCAUUUGGUCCGAUAGGAUUGGAUUGUAUUGGUCUUUCCCAUUACAGUAUUGUCAUACUCGAGUACAUUAAAUUUCCUUGUUUUUUUUUUUUUUGCCUUCCUUCCUUCCUUCCUUCCUCCCCCAUAUGUGGAAGAAGAAGAAGCAAGUGGUAAUUACAAUUACAUCCUAUGAA